AUGGUUACCCUGGACGUGCGGACGCUGACGGUGCCGGUGGGCAUCGUGCGGAUGCUAGAGGUGAUCCUCUCCUGCAUCUCCUUCAGCCUGGUGGCGUCGGUGGGCCACAACAGCUCGUCCUACUGGGCAUGGUGCAUGUUCACCUGGUGCUUCUGCUGCUUCAUGACCCUGCUGAUCCUGAUCAUGGAGUUCACCCGCCUCAAUGCCAAGGUGCCCAUCUCCUGGGACGACUUCACCACCGCAUUCGCCAUGCUGGCCACCCUCAUGGUGCUGGCCGCCUCCGUCAUCUACCCCACCUUCUUCACCUGCUCCACCUGCUCGCGGCCGAUCGCCGCCACCGCCAUGUCCUGCCUGUGCUUCGUGGCCUACGCCGUGGAGGUGGGGCUGACCCGGGCGCGGCCGGGUGAGAUCAGCGGCUUCCUGUCCACCGUGCCCGGCCUACUGAAGGUGCUGGAGGCCUUUGUGGCCUGCAUCAUCUUCAUCUCCCUGGACUCCGGCCGGUACCCCCGCUUCCCGGGUCUGCAGUGGUGCGUGGCCGUCUACUCCCUCUGCUUCAUCUUCGCCCUCCUCAUCAUCCUCUUCACCAUCUGCCAGCUGCUCUCGCUCUUCCCUUUCCCCUUCGACAAGGUGCUGACCUGCUACAACAUCCUGGCCGUCAUGAUGUACAUGACGGCCGUGGUCGUCUGGCCCAUCUAUGCCUUCCAGAACAACCCCAGACCCAACGGGUGUAACCACUGCCCCUGGGACAGCCUGGUGGUGGUGUCCUUCAUGACCUGCGUGAACCUCAUCGUCUACAUCGUGGACACCGUCUACUCUGUGCGCCUGGUCUUCCUCGUUUCCCCAGCCUAG